GUCGCGUUCCAAAUACCCAACAUCGAAGACGUGCGAAUACGUAGUUGCUCUGCCAAAAUGAAACUAUUGCCAAUCCUGAUGCUCUGCCUGGGCCUUUGUCUCUGCGUCUGGCCAAGGGGUGGCCAGGCGUUGCGUCUGCAGCAGCGACGCGAGGCCAGUGCGGCGCCAGAGCCGCUGCUGAAUGCGGAACUGGAUGCGGAUAACUUUGACGACGAUGUGUCGGAUGAGUCGGAGCUGCCGGAAAAGUUUGUGUCGGAUGCCACGACCACACUGAAGCCGCUGGGCAUUGUUUCCAUCAAGUCGCGGGCAAUUGCCAUGGAUCGCGCCCUGUGCCAGGAGCAGUCACGCUACCAUCCGCACUAUCCCAAGUGUCAUCAGUACUGCAAGAAGCUCGAGCACUGGAUUGGCCAGUGCUGGCGCGAGAGCUGCCACUGCAUCUCCUAAGGCGCCACCAGCCACCAGCCACGAGCCAGCAGCCACAGCUGCAACUUCAGCCCAAAACUUUGUACUUACAUAAUUAUAAGAUUUGUUUCACUAACUUCUAAUUACUCACACUUAUCUCUGUUUGCACAUGGCUUCUCCACUUGUUACUCACACUUAUCUUUGUUUGCCUUUUCACUUAGCCAUAAUUGAUUUAUGCCUUUAGAAUUUCGAUAUUCAAGAUGUGCUUAUUAAAUUUGCAACGCAUUCGAGCUUGAUUUCAUGCAGAUGAACUUCAUUUCCGUGUGCCUAAUUAAAAAGUUUUUAACAAUA